GAUACAUAUGGACUAAAAGAUCGCUCACUACUGCAAUGGAAAAGUCAUGGAUGCUUUGGUCCUUUGUUGAAAGCUCCAUAUGACAGGAAAUGAUCUGGGCGUUUUGGUCAGAUAUUUUAGCUGCCCUUAGUUUCAGCCAGCAACUGGCAAAAUUGAUUACACCCCGGAGCUGAAUGUUCCCUCUGGCUUUAGUAAGGAAAGAGCAGAGAUGAAAUCCAUGGACUGUAUGCACAUCAUCCAACAGAAGGGUACCUCCACCACUCCUCCUGCUCUCCCCGGUGCUGGUUUGGGCAGCAAAGGACUCCUCUCAGUCACAUUCCUGUGGCUUGCAACGCUCCUGUCCUCUUCUCUUGCAGCAGUGUGUCUUUAUCACAUUCUCACACUUAAAGCAGAACUAGCAACUCUCCGCAGCGAGCUGAUCUACAGAGUCCAGGCAAGAGCUCCGCUACCCCAGCCUCAGGAUGCGAUUAAAGAGGGUACCCUAUCCUCUUCUUCCUUGCAGUUAUCAGUAGCUACUGCCAGGCAGGAAACCAGGCUGCCUGCUUCUGAGGCAGGUAACGGUAAUGAAAAGAGAGGCUGGAGUGCAAGCAGAAACAGAGGGAGAAGGUAUGCUGUGCCCAGAGAAGAAAUAAUGCUACAGGCCUGUCUGCAAUUGAUUGCUGAUAGCAAAAGUAACAUCCAACAAAAAGAUGACUCAAGCAUUGUUCCAUGGCUUCUUAGCUUUAAAAGAGGAACAGCUCUGGAAGAGCAAGGAAAUAAAAUAUUGGUUAAAGAAGCAGGUUACUUUUUCAUAUAUGGUCAGGUUUUAUAUACCGAUACAACAUUUGCUAUGGGACAUCUAAUACAAAGGAAAAAGGCUCGUGUAUUUGGUGAUGAUCUGAGUUUGGUGACAUUAUUUCGUUGUAUCCAAAACAUGCCUCAUUCUUAUCCUAAUAAUUCUUGCUAUACCGCUGGCAUUGCAAAAUUAGAAGAAGGGGAUGAACUUCAACUUACAAUACCACGGAGAAGGGCCAAAAUAUCAUUGGAUGGAGAUGGCACUUUUUUUGGUGCAGUUCAACUCCUGUGAUACUCUACACUUUAACAUCAGGCUUAUCACUGUUCUCUUUUUUGUUUUUAUGUAAUUGAAAAAAAUGGAAAUACCGUGAAGCAGUCAAUUCAGUCUUUUUUUUUUUUUUUAGCCCUUUUCUUCGGUCUGAUGAGCCAGCCCAAAACAGGAAACCCAACAGACAUACUUCUGAUGUGACUGUCAUGUGAAUUACCAGAAAUAUAGAUUAUUUUAGGCAAUAGAGGAAUAAAAAUACCAGACAUAAAAAUAUACAGACAUAUCUUAUAGCUUUGAAACAA